CACACCUGUAAAUUGGAAACAAAACAACCCGUGAGGCAUAGUGUCACAGACCUAUUUGGUCUCCAUUGUCAUGUUAUUGUCGUAGAACUAUGUAUUGGAACGUGGGUAUCAUUUAAACAAAAAACAUAACUACCACUGAAAACAAGUUUAAAGAAUAUGUGUCCUGCAUUUCAUAAAUAGGAAAGAAACAACAAACGAACAGUUCAUUUUGUCUGUGGAAAGAGGAUGACAUGAUUUGAAUAACUUAGCGAAAUGAGACGAUUUUACCUUUCAGUUCUACUGAUCCUGAUUUUGAACCUGUGUCAUGACAUCAAUGGCGCGGGAGUUGGAACCCCUCCCGUCUAUUCCACAGACUUGGAGACGAGUCUGAGGACGGAACUGUUCACAGGGUACGAAGUCUUACAAAGACCGUCCAAGAAAGUCGACGUCUUCGUGACUUUUAAUGUCCUAACUGUCAACGAUCUGGAUAUCAAAGACCAGUUCAUGUCCAUCACUGCCUAUUUCGAAUUGAAAUGGGAGGAUGCUCGACUUUCCUGGUCCGAUACUUCUUCUACAACACAGGACUUCUCCUCCGUCCAGUUUCUCUUUUCCACGGAGGAGUACGUUUGGAGACCCUCUCUCAUUAUUGACAACACAAUCGAGGAUUUCUCUGUCAUUCACGAUAAAUACAUUCCUAUGCGAGUCACAUCUAGUGGCUUUGUGGUGUGGAAUCCGGCUGGGAUAUAUACCAUCGCCUGUUCGUCCGACAUCACCUACUACCCAUUGGAUAUCCAGUCCUGUACGCUGUCCCUUAGCUCCUGGGCUUACACUAGUGAUGAAAUCGACCUCAAGCUCAGUACUCCGGCCAUCGACUUUUCUUUCUACUCAGAUAAUGGAGAAUGGGAGAUGGUCACUUUUUCAGCGUCUACUGGGGACGCAAAAACAAGGGGCGAUCAUACAUUCGCCAAUGUAAAGUUCACCUUGACGAUGCGGAGGCGCCCCCUCUUCCACGUGUUAAACACUCUUUUCCCUGUAGCAUUGAUGUCUGUACUUAGUGCUAUGGUGUUCAAGCUUCCAGCUGACUCUGGCGAGAAGAUGGGAUUUUCUCUAACUGUCCUCCUGGCGUACGCUGUUUACCUGACUCUUAUCUCUGACACCAUCCCAAGCACUUCUGUGACGGCUUGCUACCUCUCUAUCUACCUUGCCUUGAUUUUGAUGUUUGGAACUUUUGCGGUGAUGUGUUCCAUUCUCGUCCUCAAUGUUUACUUCCGUGCAGAGGAAAUGGAAAUCUCGAAAGGUUGGAGGCUGGCCACCAAAGUAAUGGCGUUUUUAGUGAGGUGGCAGCAACCUUGCCUUCCCUACAGAUGCCACAUACGACAAAAUGACAGAGGAAACAAAGUGGAAUCCUUGUCAUUGCAGAAAGCUCCCCUUCCUGACGAUAAAAAUAGCAUAGUUGAUCAACAGGAGGUCGUGAUAGAAAAUGAAGUAAACGAUGACUUAGAGAUCAGCUGGAAGAUCAUAAGCUACAUCCUUGAUAAAUUCUUCUUCGUCUGUUUUCUUGGUUCGAUUGGUAUUUCCACUUUCGUGUUCUUGGGUCUCAUAUUCUCGGAGUUUAACUCUGUGUGAGACGCAAACAUACGAGGCGGUAAUGGUAAUCACUCGUAGGAAAUGUGGAAGGUGUACGUCAAAUUACUAAUAGCUAUGCAUCAUUAUACCGUACUAUUGAGAAUCAUACAGGAGCCUUUCUAGUUCGUUAAUAUUAUGACCAGUAUUCACAUGAUGCCGUUUAAGUUUUGUAAUGUCACUUCGAGGCGUAUCAGGAAAAGGCAAAUCAGAUGAUAAUGAUUUUCAUGAAACAGAUCUAUGAUUACUCAUUUUCAUUCCACCCGGGACAGGGUUUGUAGAGAAUAGUGUCAUUGUACCAUUUACGUAUCAAUUUUGUCUUUGCGCACCUACAACAAGAACGUGACGUCAAUAACACCGUGACUCAUACAAGUGAUGACACUGGCCAAAAGGUCGGACUAAUCAAAGAGUGACGUAUGAAAAUGUGUUGAAAUCCAUCAUCUUGGGAACAAUUCUUUUUUUAAGAAAUAUUUCACUUUGGCAUAUAUUUUAUCGUGAAAUAAUUCAUGUGGACGUGAAAAUAUUAGAUGAUGUAUAUGACGGCGGCCGUAUGUUAUUAUUUCUGUGAAGAGUUUUCUCGAACCUAUAUGACUUAUCGCUGUUGUGAAGUGAGGAAGCCAACAGCGCAUUUACACAGACCAUUAGUGUAUUCAUAAAACCGUACUAGUACUCAA